AUGGUCACUCUCCACAUCGGCUCCCGCCCUGCCGUCUUCGUCGCCGACCGCUCCCUGGCCCACCAGGCCCUCGUCCAAAACGGCGCCGUCUUCGCCGACCGCCCUCCGGCUUUAGCCACCGACAAAGUCCACAACAGCAAUCAGCACAACAUAAACUCCGCCGUCUACGGUCCCACGUGGCGUCUCCUCCGCCGCAACCUCACCUCCGAAAUCCUCCACCCUUCCCGGGUCAAGUCCUACGGUGGGGCCCGCAAAUGGGUUCUCGACAUCCUCGUCAACCAGCUCGAAACAGAGUCUCAAUCCCAACCCAGAGGCGUCAAAGUGGUCGACCAUUUGCAAUACUCCAUGUUUUGCUUGCUGGUUUUGAUGUGCUUUGGGGACAGAUUGGAUGAAAACCAAAUCAAAGAAAUAGAGGGUGUUCAGCGUCGCUCUCUCUUGAGUUUUGGGCGAUAUAAUUUCCUCAAUUUUUGGCCCAAGUUGACCAAGAUUCUGUUUAGAAAGCACUGGGACGAGUUCUUGCAGCUCCGUAAGGAACAAGAAGACGUGCUCAUCCCUCUGAUUCGAGCACGACAAAACAAGGCAAAGGAUGAAAGCGGUAGAGGGGAGGAGUUUGUGUUGGCGUAUGUUGAUACGUUGUUGGAUAUUCAGCUCCCUGACGAGAAGGAAAAGAGGAUGCUUUCUGAAGACGAAAUAGUGAGUCUCUGUUCGGAGUUUCUCAACGCGGGUACUGAUACUACUUCGACUGCGUUGCAGUGGAUCAUGGCCAACGUAGUCAAGUACCCACAAAUCCAAGACAAGCUCUUUGAAGAGAUUAAAGGAGUUGUGGAGGAAACAGAGGAAGAGGUGAAAGAGGAGGUCCUGCACAAGUUGCCAUAUCUGAAAGCUGUGAUCUUGGAGGGUCUGAGGCGCCACCCACCGGGGCACUUUGUGCUGCCACACGCUGUGACACAGGACGUGGUUUUGAAUGGUCAUGUGGUGCCCAAAAAUGGAACAAUCAAUUUCAUGGUGGCUGAGAUGGGGUGGGACCCAGAAGUGUGGGAGGAUCCCAUGGCGUUCAAGCCUGAAAGGUUCUUGGGUGGUGGUGAUUGUGGAGGAGAAGAAGGGUUCGACUUAACAGGGAGCAGAGAGAUUAAGAUGAUGCCGUUUGGGGCAGGGAGGAGAAUUUGUCCUGGCUCUGGUUUAGCAGUGCUUCAUCUCGAGUAUUUUGUGGCUAAUUUGGUUUGGAAAUUUGAGUGGAGAGCUGUGGAGGGAGACGAUGUUGACUUGUCAGAAAAGCAGGAGUUCACUGUAGUCAUGAAGAAUCCAUUGCAAGCUCACUUAUCCCCCAGACUGAAAUAA